CGUGGUAUUCAGGUUCGUCUCUAUAUAUAGCACGUAUGAACCACCUUCAGUCUUCACUCCCCUUUCACACACACAGAGAAAUAGCUGAGAAAUGGAGAGCUUGGAAGAUUUUACGCUCUACUGGGAAACCCAUCGCUAUCUUCAAACUGAAGAACUCGACAGUUUGGUACUGGAUGAGACAUUUUCAGCAUAUUAUGACUCUAGUUCACCGGAUGGAGCUCAGCAGUCCAGGGUGGCACCCAAAAACAUAGUUUCCGAGAGAAACCGAAGGAAGAAAUUGACCGAUAGACUCCAUGCUCUCCGAGCUGUUGUUCCUAACAUAAGUAAGCUGGACAGGGCAUCGAUUAUAAAAGAUGCAAUAAGCUAUAUUCAAGAAUUGCAAGAACAAGAGACAAGAAUUCAAGGUGAAAUAUCACAGCUAGAGUCCAUGGCUUCCAAUAAGACAGGGAACUCCUUUGAUGAUACAAUGAUACCGUUGACUAUGUCGAAGAAGAAGAGAACUGAUCAGCAGCAGCUCUUCUGUGACUAUUCUGGGGGUUCUAGGUCAUUACCAUCGCCUGUGCAAGUCACUGAGCUGAGGGUUUCCUAUGUGGGAAGAAAGACAGUUGUGGUGACCAUUACAUGCAGUAAAGAAAGGGACACCAUUGUUAGGCUUUGCGAAGCUUUCGAAUCAUUGAAGCUUAAAGUCAUUACCGCCAACAUUACCUCUAUCUCGGGGACCCUCUGGAAGACCGUCCUUGUUGAGGCACAGGAGGAGGAGAUAGAUAUCCUCAAGGCAAAAAUUGAAAAUGCAAUUGCAGCUCUGAAUUUCCCGGACAGUCCAAUAAGCUACUAAUUAAUUAACAAUGACCUGGAAAGAAGUAAUUAUAUGUCCUAAUUAAGAUUAUGUCCAUUUUUAAUUACCAGAUAUAUAGUUGAGAAUGUUCCUAUUGAAUUUCUGCUUCAUGUUGUCAUUGGAACUAAGUUAUAUCUGAGUAGUUUUCAGCUCUACUUUCAUCCUCCUGUGUCCUGAUUUGGAGUAUUAUAUCGUUGGGGGAAGUCCGAGUUUUACCUUUUUAUGCUUUUUUUUUUCUUCCCACCAUGAUGUGCCCAUCCAGGAAUGAAAAUUUCCAGAAUGAAGAGUAGUGAUUGGAGCUGUUUGUGUUCAUGUAUGUUACAUGUACUGUAUGUGUCAUGUAUGAAUAUUAAUAAAUAAAAAUGAGUAACCAUCAGUACUGGA